UUGUUUUUUAUUGUUUAUAAUAUAUAAUAUUAUUACACAAUGCAGCAAACAAGAGAACAACAGCAGGCGGCAGGGUGAAAUGGAGUGCCGCGCUUGAGAGCCUGCUGAUUGACAUAUGGAAGGAGAAAAUUGAAGAUUUGCGCGAACCACGCAAAAAUUCACAUGUGUAAAUUAAGUUGUCCGUAUGUCCAAGUAGCCUUAGCUGCUUGAUGCGGUGGUCCUCGUGCGGGUUCCGUGGUAUAGAAUCCUUUAUGAAGAUUAUGUUGUAGAGAUAACUGUCUCUCUUAUCACUGGCCUUGUGGUACAGUGGUAUAGAAUUAAUAAUUCAAAGUGUUUACGGCUGGUUGCCGGAGCAAGGUUUAUUAACAAGCGUUAGCUUUCGUUAUAAGAACAGAACUAAAACUAGGAGCCACCAGCAAGCUGGGGCAUAAGCUGAAUCAAAAGUAUUUAAUUGCCAAAGAAUGCAAAGCUACAAAAUAUAUGUACUUAGAGCUACAAAGCUACAGUCGGUAAGCCGACUUGGCAUAAGCGAUAAUGCUGAUCUUGCGGCAUGUGCAAGAUAUCAGAUUACCGCCGGUUGACCGUCACAUUCAGGGCGCUGAACUGAAGUUCGCUGAUUUGGCAUCUUGAGUGCAAACAACAUGGAGCAGAGCACAUUGGACAACGACAAUCCUGAUGAGUACUUUUCGGAUAUUAUUGAGAUGGACCUGGACGGAUCUUGUAGCUCCAGCACCUUGUCUGGGCGUCCGCCAAAGAAAAAGAAAAAGACCGACAUUUCGUGGCUGGCAGAGAUCGCCCAGGAGCGUCUCGAACAACAAAAGGACCACCACAGAAAGAAGGAGGAGCACGACGUUAGGCAGGAGAAGAUGGUGCAGGACUUGAUCAGCACCCAAACAAAAUUCCAGAACGACUUAUUAGACUUAUUAGAAAUGCCCAAAUGCAUUUUCCACCACUCGCCUAGCUUUGGAAAGGUUGUAGUUAAACGUGCGCUGUUCCAAAGAGGCGACUGUGGAAAACGGGUAAGGUUUCAUCAGCUUUUUAGAAAACCUAAAUGCCGAGUCCCCGAUAAGCAUUACAGGGACGUUUACUCCGCUUAUUUCCUUGGCUUUCUCUUGGAGUAAUGCCGAUGCUUCGAUAUGUUUUGCACGGCUUGACUUCUGGUAUAUCAUCGAGUCAUUGCACCUUCCUGCAGAGCCGAUAUUUACAUAUGUAAAUCUGUAUCUAAAAAGAAUCGGAUUUAAAUAAUUUAGGACAUUAAACCAA